GCCGAGCACUACGAAAGCAGCUACUCCAGCAGGCCGUACUCCAGGCAAGGAUAUGAAGACCCCCACCGGCAGUAUCCAGCAGCCAGCUACAGGGAUGACUACACCUACGAAAGCUACCAGUGGCAGCCCGUGGCAGAGGUAAGGGCUUAUCCUUUGGACCUGAGACAGGGAGAGCCUUACAGCAAGAGAACCAAUUACCAGGGUCAGCACUACUACAAGGGUUACCACCCCAACCUGGCCACAACCUCCCCGCGGCCAGACAGGAAUCAGACCUACGACUUCUAUGAAGAGAGCUACACCUUGGCUGCCAGGAAGGAGAGGGCAGGGGGAGAAACCCACAGCAGUGACUUGGGUGGGGCUGGGGGCCAGCCACAAGAGCCAUCAGACCAGCCCAGCCUGCUCCUGCAGUACCGUGAGUCAGGGCUCAGCUCCAGCGGCUAUGAGCUCAGCCAGUACAUCCAUGAUGGUGCUGACUACUAUGACCCUGCUCUUUCAGGGACCUGGGGCCUGGCACAAUCAGGGAGGCCUUUGAUGUCCACCCUGGCCCCGGUGGUACCCCUCAAGUUCUCGCUGCCACACAUGGUGGUGUGCUUUGGAGCUGGAGGCCAGCUGGUGCUGGUGUGUCCCCACCACCCUGCCAAGGGGCAGCUAGCUCUCGUCGAGCUACACAGCCUAGAGGUAGUCCUUCAUGGCACAAAAGAGCUGGAGGAGCUACAGGCCUUCCCGGGGCCCCUGGCCAGGGAAGAUCUGCACAAGGUGGAUGUGAUGACAUUUUGCCAGCAGAAGAUAGCCACAAGCUGUGAUCUCUCAACACAGAGAGGCAGAGAUUCAUCUCUUCUCUGGAAACUCCUGGUCCUUCUCUGCCAGCAGAAUGGGUCCAUGGUGGGCUCAGACACAGCUGAGUUGCUGAUGCAAGACUGCAGGCGCCAGAAGUACAAGAGGCAAAACCCUGCGGCAAACAUGAUAGGCCUGACAGACGACGAGUGGAUGUCACGUCAGACGGGGACACUGGACCUCAUCACAGGGGAUGUCCCUCCCAUUGUGGAGACACAGGCACAGAUAGUGGAAAAGUUUACCAAGCUUCUCUACUAUGGCAGGAAGAAAGAUGCUCUGGUCUGGGCCAUGAGAAACCAUCUCUGGGGCCAUGCCCUCUUCCUCUCCAGCAAGAUGGACCCUCGGACCUACAGCUGGGUGCUCUCCGGGUUCACCAGCACGUUGGUCACCAAUGACCCCUUGCAGACCCUCUUCCAGCUCAUGUCAGGAAGAAUCCCUCAGGCAGCACUGUGCUGUGGAGAUGCCACAUGGGGAGACUGGAGGCCUCACCUGGCUGUGCUGUUGUCCAACAAGGUUGGAGACAUGGAGAUGAACCACCGAGCCAUCGUCACUAUGGGAGACACCUUGGCUGGCAAGGGAUCAGUUGAAGCAGCUCAUUUCUGCUACCUGAUGGCAGAUAUCCCCUUUGGUUACUUUGGGGUGAAGGCAGAGCGCAUGGUUCUGCUGGGCAGCAGCCACCGGCAGGGGUUUGCCCAGUUUGCCAGGAUGGAGGCCAUCCAGCGGACGGAAAUCUUAGAGUAUUGCCAGCAGCUACGGCAGCCUGAAUCUAUCCUGCUGCCCUUCCAGGUAUACAAGCUCCUCUAUGCCUCUCGCUUGGCUGACUAUGGGCUCCCAGCCCAGGCCCUGCAAUACUGUGAGCAGAUUGCCACUGUGCUCCUGGGCCAGGAUCCGGCCAGCCACCCUGUCCUGGCCCAGCAAGUGAUGAAGCUGGCCGAGCGGCUGAAGCUCUGUGACCCUCUGCUGCUGGAGAUGCCAGAGCAGCAUCAGAUGCUGGAGCCUGACUGGCUGAUACAGCUCCGAGACUGUUGCCGGGAGUGGGAGGUGGAAGACAACCUCCCACCAGAGGUGUCACCUACUCAGUCAGGGCUCUCCUGUGCUGCUGCAAUGAUGGCAGAUGAAGACCCUGGCCAUGAGCUUCCCCAGAGCGAAGGUUACCAGCAUGACCAGUACCAGCCUGUGCCACCCCAGGGACAGAGCUCCCAAGAGAAUGUGUCCCUCUGUCCUUUGGCAUCUGUUCAGGACACAGGAUCACCACUGCUCAGUAUUGGGCAGGAGCUGCAGCCCCCAGCACUUGGCCCAGGUACAGCUACACCUCUGGGAGGGGUUUUUGCUGAGCCCCCUCCACAGGCGCUGCCACCAGCAGGAGAAGCUGGGGAGUCCUGGGCCCCACUGUCCCCUGAGGGGGUGCAGCCAUCCCUCCCAGCAGAGCAGGAGGGGUUAAAGGCAAGGGCUCGGACUGUCUCGGAGAGCUCCACUGUCUCCUUGGAAGAUGACAGCCGGCCUUCUUCAGAGACUGUGGCUGAGGACACUGCCGAAGGGCUGGCAUCAGCAGAGGCAGUGAAGCUGGAUGAGGACAAGAACUCUGGAUUCAGGUGGUUUGGUUGGUUUCGGUCAAAGCCCACCAAGGAAACCUCUCCCAGAGCUGUGUCUGAGACUCCACCAGGCUCCCCCACGCUGGAACUGCAGGAACAGACAUCGCCAUUCCCACCCAAUACCCCUAUUGCAGCUUGGAUGACCCCUUUGGCUCAGCCUCCCUCCAGACAGCCUGGAGGGUUGCAAGGUGAAAAUGCUUUUGCUGUUACUCUGCUGUCCAUUGAGAUGAAAGGCUUGUGGGGUGUGAAUGGUGGGGAGUCAGCAGGAGAGCAGGCUUUCCAGACUGGGUUCCAUGAACAUCCACCACCAGUGGGGACAGUCCCCCUGUUCAACCCUCUCCAGGUCUCCCAGCUCAUCACUGCCUCUCGACCCACCCAACCCAGGCUGCUUUCCCAGUGGCGCUACCCCAACCCGCUGUGA